AAUCGACAAUCGCCGGCAACAGUUGAACGCGCGCGUUCGCUUGUUUUGGUCGAUUUCCGUUUGUUUGAAACCCAUCGCGUUGCGAUCGUCGCUUUUUUUCGCGGCUUAAGAACGGCAAUUGUUUUUUUCGAGUGUCGUUUGUUUCUCCCCAUGGGGGGAACGAUUCUUUUUUGUUUUUGAGCGUUGGAGAACUGUCGAGGGUGAAAUAAAAGGGUUGUGCGUAUGGAUUUGGGGGUGAUAUGGAUUAGAGAAGUUAAAAAUCUGGAUUUAUUUGAGAUUUUAAAUGGAUGUACGUAUAUUUUUGUAUGGAUAAAUUAUUAUUAAAUUACUGUGAAUCUCUGUGAGGUGCUUUUCACUUUUGUUUAAACAGGAAAUGACCCUUGAGGAUGUCUUCAACUAUGACGCCCCCUACGGGCGACAUGUCAAUCAACGACACCUCCCUGUCACCCACAUCGGCUCCUUUCGGCAUCCAGCAGAUGGCACUAGUCGUUCUUUUGAGCGUGGUCAUCGUCAUAGUCGUGAUAGGCAACACUCUGGUCAUAGCUUCCGUCAUCACGACCAGAAGACUGAGAACUGUGACAAAUUGCUUCAUAAUGUCACUAGCUGUUGCUGAUUGGUUGGUUGGGAUCUUUGUCAUGCCCCCAGCAGUGGCGUACUUGAUUAUGGGUGCUUGGGAGCUUGGUUGGGUUCUAUGUGACAUCUGGGUAUCACUAGACAUCCUACUAUGCACAGCUUCAAUUCUAAGCUUAUGCGCUAUCAGCGUUGAUCGAUAUCUAGCUGUGACGCAGCCUUUAAAGUACUCCAGGAACAGGAGAUCAAAAAGACUGGCUUUCUGGAUGAUCAUGGUCGUGUGGGUUAGUUCUGCGUUGAUCACAGCGCCCCCUAUGUUUGGAUGGUAUGAACCAGGAAGACAUAACCAAAAAACCUGCAGGUAUAACAAGAAUACAGGCUACGUUAUUUUUUCUGCUAUGGGAUCCUUUUUUAUACCAAUGGUAGUGAUGUUGUACGUCUACGUCAGAAUAUCUUGCGUGAUAGCCCAGAGGCAUGACCAGCUAAGUCACAUUGACACUUCCUAUCCAAAGAUGGGUAAGCAAAAUGUGCUUACCGCCGAAGAAUCAGACGUCGACAGGGCUUCGUCCGAGACUGAAGAUGGGAACCCCAGGUGCGCAAGGUACUAUCGCCAACUGCAUGUAUGCAGUCACAAUUUGGAAAUGCUGAACAACCUUCAUAGAAACAAUUCUGCGGGCACACCUCAAAAAUCACCAAACUCUGCCAGAUUGUUGAGGCCAAACAUGAGCUUCUCCUUCCAGAACCACGAGCCUUUAACCCCAAUCAAAACCUCUAAUAGUUUCUUCAGAUCUUCUCUGCCACCGCGCACUCGGCCAGAACCUCACAUCCAUAUGGACGCGUCCAUUUUGAACUACGAACCUGCAUCCAGAGUCUCAUCGUUCAGAAGAGAAACCAAGACUGCACAAACCCUCAGUAUAGUUAUGGGUGGUUUUAUCCUAUGCUGGCUGCCCUUUUUCAUCUUCUACCUCUCCACGCCCUUCAUCCAGCAGAACGACGUCAACCAGUUGAUCAUGCAGUACUGCACGUGGCUGGGCUGGAUCAACUCAGCAAUCAACCCUUUCAUCUACGCCUUCUACAGCCCUGAUUUCCGAAUAGCUUUUUGGAGACUGACUUUCAAACACUUCAAGAGGAACUCUCACAGCAAGGACUUCAUUGCCUCUCAGCAAAAAAGGGCUGAGGUUGGGAAUCUGAUGGCCAAAUGACAGGAGGACGAAGUUUGAACAAGUUUUUAGUAUGGAAGAACAUUUUAGGGAGGUUUCAGGAUUUUUUUUUGGAGUGAGAUAUCGUGAAAAAAAAUUAGAUAUGGAGAAAUUUGACUCUACAAUAUUCAUAGCGAAUAGCAAGACUUAUAUUCUUACUAUUUCUUUUUAAGUAACUACAUAUUCCUAGUUUUUUACAUUUCAUUGACAGUGAGACAAAAUAAAAAGACCAUACGAUCGAAAAAAAACGACGUCAAAGACAGCUGGAGAAUAACAAUCGAUGAUAAUUUUAGCGAGGUCAAGCCCUACUUUUCCCGUACACCUCCCUAUUUUUUAAUGACACUUACUUACUGCCAGUUAGCCUUAAGAAUAAUGUAAUUUAUUUUUAUAUUGUGUAAAAUUUAUUUUUUAUUCAAUAUACGUUCUAUCCUUUUUAAUUUUUUUAUAACAAUUAGAGUUAAUUCUUGACAAGUUUCGUUCUCAACUGACGUAUAGAGACUGACCUCGUCAAAAUUAUCAUCGAUUUUCAUUCCCCAGCCGUCUUUGACGCCGCUUUUUUUUCGAUCAUACGGUACCUAGACAGUGACUAGAUUUGUUCUGUGGUAGAUGUAUGUUAUUUAAUAUUGAAAGAAAUUAUUUUUUUGACGCUUAAAUAUAUACAGGGUGGUUCGAAUUGUAUUCCGGAA